AUGACGCUACAGCCCUCCAUAAUGAAGCAACUUAAAAGAAAGAGGAAAAGUAACUUUAGCGUGCAGGAAACGCAGACCUUACUAACAGAAAUCAAAAAAAGGAGGGACGUCAUAUUUUCAAAACAGCUAAACACCACAAUUAAUGAGAUGAAGCGUAAGGCCUGGGAAGAAAUUGCUGAAUGUGUAAAUGCACUGGGCGAGGGGGAGCAGAGAACUGGAACGGAGGUCAAAAGAAGAUAUCUAGAUUGGAGGUCCCUUAUAAAAAGAAAGAGCCUAAAUUCAGAUGUGAAACUUGGAGGCUCUGGAAUGCACCUUCCAUUAUCUGACCUAGAUUCCAUCAUUGAUGACACCGAUGACAAACCUAGUGUGUUAAUCAGUGAGUCCAGUUUAGAGUGGAAAAAUGUAUCGGAUGUCCGAGAUGCGAGUGAUUCAACGGCUGAAAUCAAGGUCGAAGAGGAAGAACAUCAAAAUUUCGAAGGUACUAGCUGGAAAAAGAGAAUGUCACAUCCUUGCUUGGGAAUCCAGUUCAACUCCCGUCAAAAUAGAAUUGCGUAUAAUCAGACGCCUAGUGAUGAGCAGUUUGAGAUGGAAGAGGAUGAAAUGUUGUCUGCGGUCUUACCUGACUCUAGAGAAGAAAACGAUCUUCCUGAGGAAUUUCCCAGAAUUGAGGAGUUUGGCACCCUGAGUUCUAUAGCCAGAAUCCCAUACAAGGAUUCCCACCUGCUCAUAACACUAGAGAAGCAGAAGCUGGAGUUGGAAAGACAACGAUUAAGCAUCGAAGCUGAAAGGCUCCAAGUGGAAAAAGAAAGACUUCAAAUUGAAAGAGAGCGUUUGCGACACUUAGACAUGGAGCAUGAGAGACUACAAGUUGAAAAAGAGCGUCUGCAAAUUGAACGAGAAAAGCUGAGGCUCCAAGUCAUGCACGCUGAAAAAGCCAACAUGGAGAAUGAUUUUGCACCAGCAGAAAAAACAGUUUUGCAGCCCUUGGACAUAGAAGCAGAAAAAUUAAAACUGGAAAGGGAGCACCUGCAACUAGAGAAGGAGAGGCUUCAGCUCUUAAAAUUUGAGUCUGAGAAGCUUCAUAUAGAGAAGGAGCGUCUGCAGGUCGAGAAAGAGCGCCUACGAAUUCAAAGAGAAGGAGGGCACCUGCAAUAA